AUGGUAAUCAAAGAUUUUUUACACCAUAUGCAACAAGCCAAUCGUUUACAUGAACUUUGUAAUCAAGAGGGUGAUUAUUUAGAAAAGGAUAUUUUCGCCGCUGUCAAUUCAGUUUCAGGUUCAUUAAAAGAUUUAUUCCAUGACUCUAAAGGUUCCUCAAGAUUAAUUGUAGUCCGGAAUUACAAAAGGUGGUGUCAAUGCAUUGGAUGCAUUAGCUCAACAAGACGAUGCUGGUCGGAAAAAGAAAAGAAAUAUUUAGAGAGUGGUUUCGACCUCGGUGAUAAUGCCGAAAGAGAAUUAUUAGCUGCUGCUAAAACCAUUGAAGAUACUGCCAAUUCUUUAUUGGCUGCAAAGUCAAAGAUAGAACCAAAGAAAGAAGGAGAUGCUCCUGAUGUCGUUGAAGCUAUUCUGGAAGCCGCUAUGGUAAUUACUAGUGCUUCAUCAACUUUGGUCGGUGCUGCGACAUUGGCUCAAAGAGAACGUGUCGAAAAAGGUAGAACUAGUAAUGGUGGUCCAAUGUAUAGAAAAUAUCCAACUUGGGCUGAAGGUGUAAUCUCUGCUGCUACCUCUCAACUUUUUUCCGCUUCUAAAUCUUAUAUUAAUAGUCAAUCACAACAUAAACUUACAAAUUCUACAAACUUAUUAGUUACCGCUGCAAAGGUUGCUUCAAAAGAAGAAAUUGAUUUCGAUGAAUUAUCUGCAACAGGUUUAAAGUUAAAUAAAUGGAACAAUAAAUGGCAAUUCUUAGAUUAUAAAAAGAAUUAG